CCCCCGGGCGCCUGCAGCCCGCUGCCCUGGGCCCUGAGCGCCGCGUUGCUGCUGCUCACCGGCGUCUGCGCCUUCUGCGCGCUCCGCGCCUGGGAGGCACCCCGGGCCCCCGCCGCGCCCGGUCCCCGGCUCCCCGGGCUCCCCGAGGACCUGCCCGACGCCGGCGCCCGCCUUCCCGACUCUCCGCAGGGCGUGUUUGCGCAGCUGGUGGCCCGAGAUGUGCAGCUGACUGAAGGGCCCCUGCGCUGGUACAGUGACCCCGGCCUGGCGGGCGUGUUCCUGGGGCCGGGCCUGAGUUACGACCAGCACAGUCGGGAGCUGACGGUGGCGGAACCCGGGGUCUACUAUGUUUUCUUGCACCUGAAGCUGCAGCGGGUGGUGCCCAGCAAAGGCUCCGGCUCCAUCUCCGCGGCCCUGCACCUGCAGCCGCUUGACGUCGGGGCGGAAGCGCUGGCUCUGACCUUGGACCUGCCUCCUCCAUCUUCAGAGGCCCGGGACUCGGCAGCUGGUUUCCGGGGCAGCCUACUGCACCUGCGGGCCGGCCAGCGCCUGGGUGUUCACCUGCGGGCUGAGGCUGGGGUGCACCUCACCUGGCAGCUCGCGCAGGGGGCCACGAUCUUGGGCCUCUUCAGAGUGGCCACCAAAGUCCCCGCUGGACUCCCCUCGUCGUGGCCCAUUGGGUCCCCGUCCCUGGACCGAGACUGAAUGCUGCCUUCUUUCUGGGGGCUCUUGGUGACGGAAGCCCCGGCGACUCUACCUCACCCGGCUUGGCAGGGGUCCCCGCUGCUGACCCCCUCCUCGAGGACUCUCCAAGUCACUCCCAUUCCUGCCCUAAGUCGGACUUCUGGUAUUUAUUCUGAGCCGGAGCUCAACAGUGUACUUUAUAUUAAUCCAUUCCAUUUAUAUUUAUUGAACACCUGCUGUAUGCAAGGCCCUGCGCAGGGCUGGCGAAACGUCAGCAAACAAAACAGAUAAAAAGAAAAUCUUUAUUUAUGUUAAUAUAUGAGAAACAAAGACUCAUCCCCAGCCGUGCGCUGGCAUUCAAGGGGGCUCGUCUUCGGGGGUCCCUGUGACUAUGUUGUGCGAGCUUCAUUCACGCAAGCGGUUCCGAGCAUCUCCUGUGUGGCAGGCGCUGUUCUAGGUGUUGGGGACACAGCCUGGGAACAAGACAGACAGACAGCCCAGCUUUGGCCAGGCUGGCCGUCAGGCAUACCUGCUUGGCACUAGGACUGUGACUGUGUGUGACCCUGUGUGACGGGGCCGUGUGGGAGAAUGUGCGAUGGUGCGUGGCGCUGGCUCAUCUAAUACUUACAAACCGACUGACCACGAAGUAUUGAACCCCGACUGUAUGCCAGACAGCGUGAGGUUAUCUUAUUUGAGAAAUAACGACCCUAUGCUUUCGGGACUUGGUCCCCGUGUUGUCAUUCUCUCUGCCGGUGAUGUGACCCACUUGAAUCUGCACGGAGGAAGUACUGUGUAAAAGCCAUCGUGCAGGACCUCGCUUGUUCGGUGACCUCAGGCUGGUAACUUAAAAUUGGCCAUGGGCGUCUGCAAAUGCUUCGGCUUGGCUUCAUGUACUGUGUGCGGAUUACCUAUUUAAGACAGUGAUGGAGAAAGUGUGGAUUAAACAUGCAGAUUAAACUCGAAA